AUGGACCCUGGUCGGCUGGCUCUCGACCGUGAGGAUUCUCCGCUAGGACAGCGCACGGUGCAACACGCCGUGACGAUCGUGCCCCCGCAAAUUCCUCUGUGGCAACUGGACUCCUCUCCUUUGACGAGUUGCGUCUCUAAGCUGGCAGGCGCCUCUCUAGACCCUGUACGAGGGUCGCCGCCAAGCCUGCUAAGCUUGGAUGGCGAGGGUCCUCAACCCCGCAAACGCAUCCGUUCGCACUGGAAUGCGGGCUCGACGGCAUAG